AUGCGAUGCGCGAGCAAGGCCGCCGAGAGCGCAUCCGCACGUCUCUGUGCGGACGCCGAAGCAGAAACCACAGCAACUGAUGUCUCAUCGGUUGCUGAAGCGACCCAGCCUGUGUCACUUGGUGAUGCAGGCGCUGGUCAUGAAGACACUCGUGUCUUCACAGAGUACGAGCUCGGUGUCUCGUACUCUCCUGAUACGGAAGACGGAUCCGUAUCGACGGCGAUCGAAUCCGAGCCGCCUGCCAAGCGUGGCAUGGACGAUGCUUUGCGUCGCAGCAUCUUUGGUUCAUCUGAUGAAUCAGAUGAACCAUCGCCGAAGCGAAGGCGCUCGAGGUCGCGAGACUCGGGCGCUAACAGUGGUGUCGGUUCUCCUAUGGACACCACUUUGCAACGAGGUGCCAGUACUUCUGUCGGCACGUCGCAGGAAGAGCGGGACCGCAAUGUGUUGCGUCUCGCUCCUGAAAAGAAGGCAUGGAUGUCUCCUAAAUCUGUCAUGGGAUCAUUUGUCGGCGACGACGAGUGA